GCGGAAGUGUUAAUUCUAAGUGCGUAGUGAAGAUGGCGGCGGCUGGGAUGUUGUUUGCCCCCGUGUUGGUGCUGCUGCUGUUCUCCGGCCUGGGCAGCCCCAUGCCCGGCGGACUCUCCCAUAUGGACAUCCACUCGGCGGAGGCGCAGGAGGCGGCCCGCUUCGCCAUCGAGAGUUAUAACCGCGGGAGCAACGCCAUCCACCUGAGCAAGAUCGCCCACGUCAUCUCGGUCAAAUCUCAGGUGGUGCAGGGGAUGAUGUACCAGGUGAAGAUGCAACUGGGCAAGACCACCUGCAGGAAAUCGGCAGAACGGAACGUCGACCUUGAGAGGUGCAGCUUCCAGCCUGGGCUGCAGGCUAGCAAGAUGCAGGUCUGCACAUUCGAAAUCUGGGAUCGGCCAUGGGUUCCUGAGAGGCAGGUAUCAAACAUGCAAUGUGUACUUUGAACGUCACUUCGUAGCUGUGUUCGCCAGACGAGGAGGAUGCUUCACAAAACGCGUUAGUAAGAAAUCGCCAUCUCAGAACUGAGUCAAGAGUGCCGCUGUGAUACAUGUGAACGUCCCGAUGCGUCACCCUGCAUCUGGACAAAACACCCUGUGACAGUGGGCACUUCUACCUCAUUCAUGAGAACCACUGCUGCAACUAACCUACACGUGGCGGCUAAUUUGACUGUUCUAGCUUUGUUUGGGGCUGUCUGAGCAGUGCUCAAGUAAACCCUGACCUAACAGCGUGAGCACUGCGUUUACCUUGGGCAGUCUGAGUCUCCAUUGGAGCUCAGUGCACCUUCCACUUGCUGCUUGCUCAGUAGCUAACCAGCUGUAAGCAGACUACUAUCAUGUCUAUUCAUUUCCUGAAUAAAUUUACAUCAGUAUUAUCAAAUGCA